UGCAAACCAGAAGUCCAACAAGUCAGUUAGUGUGCCAGUAGGUUGUUGCUCUGGUUUAUUGAUUAUGAGCGUUACAGUGGUGUGAGUGAUCUCUCUGACACCCUACUAUAUUACACAUUUAUUUUUGUGCUGAUUUAUGGACUAAACAUAAGCAGGUCAUAUUCAUCAUGCAUAAAGUAUGGUGCUUCCAGUAAUUGUUUCUGCUGCCAUUCAAUUUUAGUUUAGUUGAGUAACCUAUCUAUUUGAAAAUAUUUUUAAGGUUGUCAUACACUGACAUGAAUUUAGGCAAUAAGAUUGUAUGCCGUUUUAGAUGUAGACAUGAUUGUUCUUUAAAUUAGAAGAAAAUCUGGCUAUUUUAAACAAGUAAAUAAAUAAGAAUCAACAAGAUGUUAAUUAGGCAUCGAGAUGAAAAUGCUUCAAAUUUGCUGGAAUGAACAUGAAACAUUUAAGCUGAUGAGUUUUGUGGUGCUUCAUUUGUUGCUUGUGGAUAUUUAAAAAAAAUUAUUCAUUUUUAAUUUCAUAGAUAGGGUCGGUUUUUAACUUGUAAUAUUAAAAUGCAGUAUAGACAUUCCAAAAGUACAGGGGAGCCAUGCAAAAGCUUGCAUACACAAAUAAUUUAUGGCGACAAGGAAUUUAGUUCACAGACAUGAACAGUUUAUGUAGAUGAAUAAUUAUUAAAAUCUUGAUAGUAGGGUAAAAAUUUAUAUUAGACAAUAACAGGUUUCUUUAAUGUCAGGGCUAUCCAAGUACUUUUUCCAAGAUCAAUUUCUCAUCGAUAAGGCAGUUUGCCUGAGCCUUAGCUUAAAAAUAAUCGCUAAAAUGAAUAAAUGGACUUGUACUGGCACAUAUCCUUUAUGAUGAUAAUUGUUAUAAAAACAUUUUCAUCUCUCACAGCUUAUACAAUGUAGCUUUUGUGUACAAUUAUGACAUAUUGUACUGUAUUUUUAAAUAGUGUAAAACUUACUUUUACAUGACUAGUUGUGACUUCACCAAGAUUAUAAAAUUAUUUAUUAGUUAUUUACAUUAUUAUAUAUAGUGUGAUGAUGAAGAUUCAUGGCAUGACAUGGCAACACCUCCCUUGUUCAUAUGUGUGGAAAAUAUGUAAAUAGGCCUAUUGCUGAAGGAGAUUAUGUGUAAGUAAAUAUGUGUGAAAGGCAAGUUCAUAUGUCCGAAAGUUGAGUAAAUGUGUGAAAGACAAGUUUAUAAGUAAUUACGUGUGAAAGACGUGUCCAUACUGUACAGUAUGUGUGAAGGGACUGCGUGUGAAAGACGUGUCCAUACUGUACAGUAUGUGUGAAGGGAAUACGUGUGAAAGACGUGUCCAUACUGUACAGUAUGUGUGAAGGGAAUACGUGUGAAAGACGUGUCCAUACUGUAUAGUAUGUGUGAAGGGACUGCGUGUGAAAAGUAAGUUGGCCGCUAGGUGGCGCUGAGAUUUGGCGUUAAACCAAACGAUCGCUUGAAUGAGACCAAAUACUUCACUGACUGCUAACUGUUAACGUUACGCUUUAAAUGUUUCUCAUUUUCGCUGAUUUCCGUCAAGUCAGUCAGUCAGUCAGACGAAGUACUCCGGAUGACUAAAUGCUCCGCAGCAGCACUGAGGAGGUAACGGCCGGUUACAGCUCAGACACCGGCACAAGCAGUGUGUCCAGCUCUGAGCGCAGCUCCAGUGCAGCUCCGUCCAGGUGGCAGGAGGGUACUGGCGCACCGCCCCCGUCUCCUCAGUGCAGCUCACACACACCAGGCAGCGCUAGCUCCUGCUCCGGUCCUGGAUCAACCUCCGACACUUUGCCUGGUGUUCAGACGACAGCCCUGAGUAAAACUCCGGUCACGACAGGCAGCUACCGUUUGAACAGAGUGAACUCGUCCAGCUCUUCAUGGACUGGUGGUGGGGUCUACAGCUCGCUGUGCAGAACCUCGAGCACUCCUCGCCUCAGGAGAACGCCAGGCUCAGCUACGUGCACCCUGCUGGGACCAACUCCACAGCGAGAGCUCAACAUGACGUCUUCCUCGUCUGCAUCUGUGUGUCACGCUGCAUCUGUAAUCGUGGCUGUGGUGGAGGGCCGGGGUUUGGCCAGGGGAGAGAUCGGCAUGGCCAGCAUCAACACAAGGUCCCCUGAGUUGGUACUUUCACAGUUUGCAGAUACUGGGACUUAUGCCAAGGUAAUUACCAAACUGCAUAUCUUACUGCCUUUUGAGAUUCUGAUGCCAGACACUGCUAGUGAGAAAGGGCAAGGAACCAAGCUCUACAACCUCAUCACGGAGAACUUUCCGUCUGUAGCUUUCAGUGCCAUUCAGAGGAAGUACUUUAACGAGAGGAAAGGUCUGGAGUACAUCCAGCAGCUCUGUGCGCCCGAGUUCAACACUGUUCUUAUGGAUGUACAAACCAAGUACUAUUGUCUGGCAGCUGCAGCAGCUCUCCUUAAGUACUUUGAGUUCAUUCAGAACUCUGUCUAUGCUCCCAGAUCUCUGAAAGUGAGCUUCACCGGAAGUGAGCAGACUGCAAUGAUUGAUGCAGUCUCAGCCAAGAACUUGGAGCUAGUAAUGAACAACAGGGGCAACAGGAGUGAACACACUCUACUUGAGGUCUUAAACUACACCAAAACACCUGGGGGUGAAAGGCGGCUUCGCUCUAACAUUCUGGAGCCUCUGUUAGAUGUUGACACCAUUAACACACGCCUGGACACCGUGCAGGAACUGCUGCACGGUGAGGAACUCUUCUUUGGUCUCAAGAGUGCAAUUACACAAUUCUUGGAUAUAGAUCAGCUGCUUUCUGCUCUUGUACAGCUCCCCAAGCAAGAGACGGUUGAAGUGGCUGAAGCAAAGAUAAUGCAUGUCAUUCAGUUGAAACACACGCUAGAACUGAUUGAACCACUCAAGAUGGUGUUGAAGGACGCUAAGACAGCCUUACUGAAAGCUUAUUACACUUCACUAGAAGAUAGCAGGUUUGACAGCAUUUUGGAUGAAAUCAAAACAGUGAUCAACAGUGACACCAGCUAUUUGAAGGGCUGUCUGAAUAUGCGAACACAAAAGUGCUAUGCUGUACGCCCUAAUGUCAAUGAAUUGCUAGACAUUGCACGUCGAGCCUACACUGAGGUAGUGGAUGAUAUAGCAGGAUUAGUAGAUCAGCUAGGAGAGAAGUAUGGCCUUCCACUGCGGACUAGUUUUAACAGCGCUCGAGGUUUCUUCAUCCAGAUGAGGCUGGAGGGUUUUGGCCUGCCUGAUGGACAGCUCCCAGGAGAGUUCAUCAAAGUAACUAGACAAAAAAACAACUACAGCUUCACGACGUUAGACCUGAUGAAGAUGAACGAUCGUUGUGAUGAAGCCUUGAAGGAGAUAUUUCACAUGUCUUAUAUCGUGGUACGCAGGUUACUUAAUGAGGUGUAUAAACAAAUUCACUGCUUGUAUAAGCUGUCUGAUGCUGUGUCCAUGCUGGAUAUGCUGCUCUCCCUCGCCAAUGUUUGCACUAUUUCAGACUAUGUGCGCCCUGAAUUCACCGAUACACUGGCAAUAAGACAAGGCCGUCAUCCAAUCCUGGAACGCGUUGCUGGCCAGCAGCCCAUCCCCAAUAACAGCCAUAUCUCUGAAGGAAGCAACUUUAUUAUAAUCACAGGCCCGAACAUGAGUGGCAAGUCCACUUAUCUCAGACAGGUGGCCCUCUGCCAAAUCAUGGCUCAGAUAGGAUCAUUUGUGCCUGCUACAUUUGCCUCGUUCCGUGUUGCUGAUCAGAUAUUCACUCGGAUAGGAGUAGACGACGAUUUUGAGACCAACUCGUCAACAUUUAUGGUUGAGAUGAAGGAGGUGUCCUACAUAACACACAAUGCAAGUAACAGGUCACUCAUUAUUAUUGAUGAGCUGGGACGUGGCACUAGUGCUGAGGAGGGCAUCGGAAUUUGUCACUCGGUUUGCGAGUUCCUCAUCAGUCUGAAGGCAUUCACUCUGUUUGCCACCCACUUCCUGGAACUGUGUCAGUUGGAGACUCUUUACCCCAAUGUAGAGAAUCAGCACAUGCAGGUCCAGCACAUGCGUGGGACUGAAAACAGCACAGAGAGUGUGGUCUACACCUACCUUCUGACUCAAGGCUUCUCUGAGGAAAGCAACUACGGUAUAAGAGCAGCAGAGAACACAUCGUUUCCACUGUCCAUCAUCCAGGAGGCCAAGUCUAUAUCAGCCAAAGUUAGCCAAAAGUUAUGGGCUAAGCAUCAUAGUGACCCAACCACCCUGCGGCAAGGGGCAGUGUUUCGACUCGCCACCAGAUUGUUACAGACUGCCCGAAACUCCAGGUUGGAUCCAGACAGCCUCCGUCUUUACCUAAAGGGUCUAAAAAGAAGUUAUGAAGCUGAGUUAAAGGACAGCUUAGAGUCCAUGGACACAGAGGAGUGAGGCCUGCUGCACCUAGACUAACAAUAAUGGACUGAAUGCUAAGAUCUGAGCCAGACCGAGUAAAUCCAGUAUCACAACUGGUGACUGAAUUAGUUAUGUUAAUGGAAGCAUUUAAAAUAUUUGCCCAGAUAUUGUUCUGAUUUUCUUCUCUGGUGGUACAAAGACAAUUUAAAAUGCUCUGUUGGUUCAUACUCUACAGCUUGUUGAGUUAUGCUAAAUCUAAUGGGAGACUAUAUAUGGCUUUCCUAUUAAAUAGAAAUGACUAAAUAAAAUAUAUUUUGUUUAGUCUGUUAUAGUUAUUGCUAACACUGUCCUUUAACUUUAGCUUUAACUGUACUGUAGUGUGUUGUAAUGUAAGCUAGAAGUCAAUAAAAAAUGCAAAUGCAUCUU